GGGGGGGGGGGGAGCACAGGGUCCCCCCGGGAGGGAUGCUCUGCACAGACCCCGCUCCCGCGUUAAAUGAGCUCGGAGAGCGCAGAGAAGCAGCUCAAGAGCCGGCAUUGGGGACCCAGAAACGAUCUUGCAGCAGACACCCAAGGAUCAUCACACCAUGACGCUGGCUGCUUACAAAGAGAAGAUGAAGGAGCUGCCUCUCGUCUCCCUCUUCUGCUCCUGUUUCCUCUCGGACCCCCUGAACAAGCCAGCAUACACGUAUGAAGCAGACACGGUAGACCUCACCUGGUGCGUCAUCUCUGACAUGGAAGUCAUCGAGCUCAACAAGCGCACCUCCGGGCAGUCCUUUGAGGUCAUCCUGAAGCCCCCAUCAUUUGAUGGCAUCCCUGAGUUCAACGCCUCCCUGCCCAGGCGGCGCGACCCAUCCCUGGAGGAGAUCCAGAAGAAGCUGGAGGCAGCAGAGGAGAGGAGAAAGUACCAAGAGGCUGAGCUGCUGAAGCAUCUGGCAGAAAAGCGGGAGCAUGAGCGGGAGGUCAUCCAGAAGGCCAUUGAGGAGAACAACAACUUCAUCAAAAUGGCCAAAGAGAAGCUGGCACAGAAGAUGGAGUCCAACAAGGAGAACCGUGAGGCCCAUUUAGCGGCCAUGCUGGAGCGCUUGCAGGAAAAGGACAAACACGCAGAAGAAGUGAGGAAAAACAAGGAGCUCAAAGAAGAAGCCUCCAGGUAAAGAGGCAAUGGCUGGACUGACAGCUCCGGGGAGGUGGCGGAGGCUGCUGCAGCGCAAGGUUGGAUGUUGGAAGAGUGGACGUUCCUCUGCUUUCUUUGUUCGUGAAUGUAAAGAGUUGACCAGUGAAGCCAUCCUAUUUGUUUUGGGGAGGGUGGGGAGGGAGGAGAAAGAAGGGAGGGUUGGCCAGGAGAGAGGGUGCCGGCUUCGGGAUGCCCACCUUCUUGGUGGGUCUCACACACCGCCCGCCAACCAGGUCUGGAAGAGAGAGCUGAGGGCUGGUGAAGAGGAGGAUAUGGCCCCCUCAGGGAAAAGAUGGUGGGGGAAGAGUGGGUGGGGAGGGAAGGGGCGGGGAAAUGUGCAUUGUGUGUGACUUUAAUUUGGUGCUGGGCAGGCAGAGUGGGCAGGUGGGCAUCCCUCCAGCUUCCUUUCUUUCUCUUUGUCCCACCCUACUGAUGGGCAGCAGCAUCUCUUGGUGUCCCUCCCUCCCUUUUUCCUGCCUCAGUUGAAGGCCUUUUGCCCAGAGCGGGUGUUAUUUGCCCAUAGACCUUACAGAACCAUUUUGGGGAAGGGGGAGAAGAGACCUUCCCCACUGGAGGUGGUCGAAGAGAGAGGCUGGCUUUCUCCAAAGGCUUUAUCUGGCUGUAGGAAAUGCCGAUUGUCCAUUUCAAGGGUGGAAUUGAGAAGCCAACCUGACUUCCCAAAAGAGCUGGGUUUUUUUCUUGUCUUUUUGAAAAUUCUUGGUUGAAAUCCCCCUUUCUGCUGUAGAGCAGCUGGAAAGCCACUGACUUUUAGAGGUGGCAGCUCAUUUGAAAAGGGAGAUCACCCCCAUGAGAGAGCAAGAGCAGGAGAGGAAAACAGGACAGGGCUGUGGAAACCAUGAUGGAAGGGAUGGGGAAAAACAAGAGGGAAAGAGGAGCUGGGGAAGGUGAGGCUGGAGAGCCAGAGGUGGGAUGGAGA